AUGCCUCCCACCGUCAUCUCGACCACUAUGUGCCUCCGAAUCUCGACCCUCCACCGCACAGGUAUCGAGACAUUCGAGUACGAUCUCUGCCUUGUAGGACGUAUGAAGGCUCUCAAGAUCGUCGCGAAUCAGCGCCGUCUGAAAGACGACGAUCAUGAGCGUGUCUGGAGCGAUUGUACGCGGUCUUAUGAGAGAAGGGUUACUUACAAGGGGUUCAGUAAGCGAUAUGUCUUGGGAGAAGGGAGUGGAAAUGCCGGGGGAGGACAGGGGAACAGUGACGAGCGACAUAGAUGGCGGCGUCUUACGGAAAGAAGAUAUGAGGAAGAGCAUGGGGAUGGGCUUGAUGUGUCCCUGGACAACGUCCUCCGAGAUCCGUCGAGCCUUGAUGCUCAGGAUGGGUCAGAUGAAGAAGCUUCUUUUGUCUCUACACAGGACGGUCUACCGAGUAUCAAGGCGACGGGGCAGAUGAAAACACAAGUUGGACGACGGUCGCAACAUAAUUCGACAUCUUCUUCGCAUGGCCUCACUCACAGUCCAGAUUUCGACAACAAGGAAAAUAUCCCUCCCGAGGGCUACUACGCCCCUGUGUGGCCGUUUGACGAACCAGCAUUACGGUCUCAGAGGCCUCAUGAUUCCGAAAGACACACUGCCCCUGUUCAGAGUCACCAUCCACAUCUACCACAACGACACACGGGACAUGUGCCUCCCACACAGGCCACAUAUCCGACCGGAAAUGCUCCUGGAGCGCGAAGCAACAUUCCGGAGCAAGCAUACGCCCAGCCAAAGCCUUCAUGUGGCACCAACUACGCCGGCGGAAGAAACAAAACUGCUCCCAGUCAACGCUACAAAAGAACAGUAUACACCAUAACCACGCCCCCACAAAGCCAUCCCCAACAUGCUGGCCGUCAACCCGGAGGACCCCAAAACACCGCCUCUGGUCCGAACCAUGCACCGCAGAAUCACACCGGACACAACCAACCAUACACCAAUAUGCCCACAGAUAUGCCAUACUGGCCUCCUCCACCAUCAUACAAUACCAGCCGCAAUGUCCCUGAUAUGAGCUCUCACAAGUCCCGCCCUGUCCAUCCUCAGCACGUCUCACUCCCACACACUCCCACACACCACGACGCUAGCUCAUUAACAUCAACAACCUCAUCAACCUCAUCAUCAACAACCAAGCCCCCUCACACCCCAAUCCAAACCUCCAAUCCAAUCCACAUCUACAUAACCCGCCGCGCCCGGGCCCCAGAUCAUCCACAUCCACAUCCACAUACACCCCAACCCCAGCAUCCACCAAACCCCCUCUGCUCCCCUUUUAACCCCUCCCCAGCCUCCGACGAAACAGGCAUCUCAAGACUCUCAAGUGUCUCAAGCAUCUCGAGCCCCUGCCCAGUUUCGAGGGCGCCACAAACGAGGGUGCCACAAGCGAGGGGGACUGGGGGAGGGAUGGGAGAGCGUCUGGAACAGCAUGGGCAAGACGGAAUGCCUAAAUCAGCAGGUCGAGGCGGGUAUAACAGUCCUGUUGACACUCUUUCUACGCCGUCUACGUCUCAUUCUCCCACUACCCCUUCUGUUACAUCCCCCAAAGCAGAACAUACCGAAGAUACGCCCUCACCGACGCCAACAACGGCAACUACAGGCAGUAGCACGCAUGAUGCGCAACAAGGCGAAUGUGGAGGGAAGGGGUAUGCGUACGGCACGGGCGGGGUGCGCGGGGGGGAUUGGGGAGAUAUUGGGAGUUGGGAUGGAGAUGAAGUUGGGGAUGAGGGGUGCGAAUAG